GACGACCUGAAAAAAUUGAAAAGUUGAAAAAAUUGAUAUGAUAUGAAAAAUACAGAAUAAAUUUCUUAUUCGAAAGUCUUGUAUUCGAAUUCGGGCUUGUGAAGUGUAUAAAUAUUCAUUUCAACAGUACAAUUGCUCAUUUCUGGUGUUACGGUCGUUUUCAUCCUUUGGAACAUGCUGUGAACUGCAAUUUUGCGAAGUAAAUUUCACUUUGAAUGGUCCUCAUGGAAAAUGGAAAUAUGGAUGCGAAAUGCGAACUGUCUUCAGAUUCUGACCGUUUUAUCAUGAUCAGUGGCAAAGGAAUCAAAAACGCUUGUUUCAAAGACGACCCGACGGUACCGAUUCAAAAUGUUGAUGGUUGUAAAUCGACGGCGACUACAAAACAAGCGCCUGUUUUAGAGAACAAUAAUUAUACAAACUGCGAGGAAAGUACGACUAAUGAUAGUAGUAAUAAUAGUGAAACUAGGUGCAUCGUUAAUGGUGAUAAUUCGUCCCUUAACCACCAAAGUUGCGCCCGUAAUAUCGUGAAGACAAAUUCUAGUCAAAGUUGCACAAAUUCUCAAGAUUUGUGCUGUAAAAAUUUGGAAAGCGAAUUAUCGUCCUUAAAUAUUACUAAUCAGGAAUCUGCUAAUGUGAUAUCAUCAGAAACUGCAACCAAUCAACGAAUUACUGAAGAAAUAAACGGCGCACCGAACGAAAUAUCUUCGACUGACGUCGCUGAUGUUGAUUCAUUGAAUACGAGCUGUAGUAUAGAAAACGAAAGCGACGAUGCUUCUGAAAUUGCCUAUAUUUCCUACGAAUCGGAGAAUCAAAUGCCUGAUAUUAUGAAAUUGAUACAAAAAGAUCUCUCAGAGCCUUAUUCUAUUUACACGUAUCGUUACUUUAUUCAUAAUUGGCCGCACCUAUGUUUUUUGGCAGUGAGCAAAGGAAAAAGUGUCGGAGCGAUUGUUUGUAAAUUGGAUCUUCACAGAAAAAUCAUCAAACGUGGAUAUAUAGCGAUGCUGGCAGUUGACGAAAAUUUUAGAAAAAAAGGCAUAGGUUCGAAUUUAGUAUUAAAAGCAAUCAGAGUUAUGGCAACCGAAGGCGCAGAUGAGGUUGUGCUCGAGACUGAAAUCACAAAUCAGCCAGCUUUACGACUCUACGAAAAUCUAGGAUUUGUUCGUGAUAAGCGAUUAUUCAGAUAUUAUUUAAAUGGCGUGGACGCGUUACGUUUGAAAUUAUGGUUAAGAUGAACGAAGAAUAUUUUGAUACGACAGCCCAAUUUAAAGAGCUAUAACGUUGUUAAUUAAUUUAUACAGGUUUUUUUUUGUUUUAUAGUAGCUGUAGAUCUACCCUAUGCAUAUUAACAUUUUAAAUUCGGAUUCAAUAUACCUACUGUUCGUUUGAAAAACUGUCGAAAAUUGCGUUCGUUCCCCUAAAAAGUAAAAAUCGACAAUUGAGUGGACAUUUUUCUGUUUUGUCUUAAAAAAGUGGCGAUUUAUUCGUUUAUUUUCAAGCUCGUCUACGCGACGCGCGCCCCAUUUCUCAGAAACGUUUUUUCGGUUUGAUGUAACUCCUACUUCUAUAGCAUGUAUCGCAAAUUUCAAAAGAAUUAAUGUUUCUUUAAAAGAAAGAGUUGUAAAGAUCGAGUAUUAGUUAUUGUAAAAAUGAAAAUAUUUUAUUUUUGAAUGUUUGAGACCGACAGUCAAGACGGUAUUAACUGCAACUAGCUCGUCAUUCGAUGCUUCUUGUACUACAUUUAUUUGUAUUAUGAUUCGAGUCUAUAGAUGUGUUCUUUUUACACGGAUUUUGGCAGAUUUUAGAGAAUCUGGAUUUUGGCAGAUUUAUAAAUUCACAAGAAUCUGCUUGGGUAGCAGCUUUUGAAAAUGGAUUUUGGAUUUUAGUUAGUUAAAGAAGACUUAAGGUUUUCAAAGAUUGGUGAAAGUAUUCUCAGAAAUGUUAAAAAAAAGAAAUUAAAAAAAACGUCCAAAAUCCAGAUUCUCGAAAAUCUGUCAAAAUCCGUGCUAAAAGAACACAUCUUAUGUAAUUGUUACGAUUUUUCUAUCUCAAUUCGCGAUUUUAACGUCUUGUUGAUUUGUGGUACAAAAACUAAACGUAGUAGCUGUGUUUCGUUCUGUAAAUUAUAUGUUGAAUAAAUUCGUUUCACAAAAUGCGAA